AGGCCUUGUGGGUAACGCGGGGCGCCAGGUGACAGCUAAUGGCGGCGGCCGCCUGAGCCGGGCGGGCGGCAGAUCGGGGCCGCCAGAGGCGCGCGGCUGGACCUUCCGGGGCGCCGCUCCCCUCCCGACGGCGGCUUCCCUGCGGCGGCGGCGGGCUCGGCGCGCCAUGGACAGGCCAGCGGCGGCGGCGGCGGCGGCGGCGGCGGGGGGCGGCGAGGGCGGCGGGGGCCUGGGCCCGGGGCCGGCGGGCGGCAGGAGGCCCCCUCGGGUCGCGGGGGCCCCCGCCGCCGGCUCCCGGCAGCCCAGCGUGGAGACCCUGGACAGUCCUACAGGAUCACAUGUUGAAUGGUGUAAACAGCUUAUAGCUGCUACAAUUUCUAGUCAGAUUUCAGGUUCAGUGACAUCAGAAAAUGUAUCCAGAGAUUACAAGGUUCUCAGGAGGCCUGAUACAAGGAAUAUUCAUAAAACAAGACAAAGAUUGGAGAUUCAGGAAGAACACAAGGGCUACCCUUCUGAAGCUGAAGCUGAUCAGGCGCUAAGGGAUGGAAAUAAGCUGGCACAGAUGGAAGAGGCACCCCUUUUCCCAGGAGAAUCAAUCAAGGCCAUUGUGAAAGAUGUCAUGUAUAUCUGCCCAUUUGUGGGAGCAGUGAGUGGCACCCUGACAGUGACAGACUUUAAGAUGUACUUCAAGAAUGUAGAGAGAGACCCGCAUUUCGUCCUCGAUGUCCCCCUGGGAGUGAUCAGCAGAGUUGAGAAGAUUGGAGCGCAGAGCCAUGGAGACAACUCUUGUGGCAUAGAGAUCAUGUGCAAGGAUAUGAGGAACUUGCGACUUGCUUAUAAACAAGAAGAACAGAGUAAACUAGGGAUAUUUGAAAACCUCAACAAACAUGCAUUUCCUCUUUCCAAUGGGCAGACACUCUUUGCAUUCAACUAUAAAGAAAAAUUUCCAGUGAAUGGAUGGAAAGUUUAUGAUCCAGUAUCUGAAUAUAAAAGACAGGGCUUGCCAAAUGAGAGUUGGAAAAUAUCCAAAGUAAACAGUAAUUAUGAGCUCUGUGACACCUACCCCGCCAUCAUUGUCGUGCCAACUAGUGUAAAAGAUGACGACCUUUCAAAAGUGGCAGCGUUUCGAGCAAAAGGCAGAAUCCCGGUGUUGUCAUGGAUUCAUCCAGAAAGUCAGGCAACGAUUACCCGUUGCAGCCAGCCGCUUGUGGGUCCCAAUGAUAAACGCUGCAAGGAAGAUGAGAAGUACCUGCAAACGAUCAUGGAUGCUAAUGCGCAGGCCCACAAACUCAUCAUCUUUGACGCCCGGCAAAACAAGGUCGCCAGCACCAACAAGGCAAAGGGUGGGGGCUAUGAAAGUGAAAGUGCAUACCCAAACGCAGAACUCGUGUUCCUGGAGAUCCACAACAUUCACGUGAUGAGAGAGUCGCUGCGAAAACUGAAGGAGAUCGCGUACCCGGCCAUCGACGAGGCGCGGUGGCUGUCCAACGUGGACGGGACGCACUGGCUGGAGUACAUUCGGAUGCUUCUUGCUGGGGCAGUAAGAAUUGCUGAUAAAAUAGAAUCUGGGAAAACCUCGGUGGUGGUGCACUGCAGCGACGGUUGGGACCGAACAUCCCAGCUGACGUCUCUGGCCAUGCUGAUGUUGGACAGUUAUUACCGCACCGUUAAGGGAUUCGAGGCUCUCAUAGAAAAGGAGUGGAUAAGCUUUGGACAUAGGUUUGCACUGCGAGUGGGCCAUGGCAAUGACAACCAUGCAGAUGCUGACCGAUCCCCUAUAUUUCUUCAGUUUAUUGACUGUGUUUGGCAAAUGACGAGACAGUUUCCUUCAGCAUUCGAGUUUAAUGAACUAUUCUUGAUUACAAUUUUGGAUCACCUUUAUAGCUGUCUCUUUGGGACUUUCUUGUGCAACUGUGAACAGCAGCGACUGAAAGAGGAUGUAUAUACAAAGACUAUAUCUUUAUGGUCUUAUAUCAAUAGCCAGCUGGAUGAAUUUUCUAAUCCCUUCUUUGUGAAUUAUGAAAACCACGUCCUAUAUCCUGUUACUAGUCUGAGUCAUUUGGAAUUAUGGGUAAACUAUUAUGUGCGAUGGAAUCCACGAAUGAGGCCUCAGACGCCCAUCCACCAGAACCUCAAGGAGCUGCUGGCCGUCCGUGCGGAGCUGCAGAAGCGGGUGGAGGACCUGCAGCGGGAGGUGGCCGCGCGCGCCUCGGCCUCGUCUGAGCGGGGCUCCUCGCCGUCACACUCGGUCACGCCCGUGCACACGUCGGUCUGACGCCGCUGCCCCUGCGGCCCGGGCGGGGCACCUGCGACUUGUCCGAUUAAGGCCCGUGCCCGCCACGUCUCAACGGCGCUUUCCACCAGUGACCGACCGUGUGCUAGGGGACAGCGUAAGUGCUGUUGUGUCGUCAACACCCUUUUCCCUCCUGCCGGCGCCUUCCCAGGGCCGAGUGGGGGACACUCGAGCGAGCGGAACGCAGGGCUCAGGCUCAAGGUGGGGAAUCCUCGUGAAAAGCCACCCCGCUCCCCUAGUGGCCACGUGGCAGCCCCGUGGCUCCUUCCAGCUCUCCGCUCCCCCUCCAGGGCUGUUCAGUUAACUCUGUGCCGGGGAAGACAGGCCGUCACCGUCUUCCCCAGGGCCUCCUCGCGCCAGGGGUCCUCCGGUACCACUUCUUGUUGUGUACAUAUAAGGUAUUUUUAAAAAAGAGAAACAUGCCUUUAUUUUCCUACGUCCUUUUUUUAUGUUUAGACUAGUCACCCAAGGAGGCAUCUGCUUGACGGGACUGGGUGAGGAAUUUUCAAAGCAAGCUCAUGCUAACUUUGACGUGGUACAUUUGAAGCACAAUUUGAAUGUGGCCACUUAAGGCCAUGUGUUCCGUCCUCACCCGACUCUGGGACCUGCCACUUCCUACUGCUGACAGCUCUCUGUCACAGCGGGUCUGCUCUCGCCUGUUAUCUGCUGUCUGAAAUAAUCGUUCUCGUUUUAUCGAGAUCCCUUCAACUCGGUUUAUUCCCGUCACUGCAUGUCGGUAUUUUAAAGCAACCACUGCGCUGUGACUUCAGAUGCCGAAAGCAGAGCACUCGCCUCCCUGCGUUUCCUCAUCUCAGAGCCACUCGGGCCUCUCCUCCCCAUCUCACACCUUCACUCACCGGCUGGGCUCUGGGACUCCAUCAGUCUGGGCAGGAAUUAAUUGACCGUCAGCUGGUUCAUCCACUAGAGCUAGAGCUCUGAGCUGCUCCGCGUGGCGCGUCAUGCAGAAUCUUGCACAUUUGCGCCCCACCCUCCUCCUCCUUCUGGUGCCCAGGGCCGCGCCCAUUCCUGCCAGCCCCGCCUGGGACCCCAGCGCUGCAGGAAUUAAGCUGGCCUUUGAGUGGGGGGAGCUCAUCGGGUCAGACCUGCAUGCAACUGCCUUGUAGUAUCUGGUUGGUUUCAAAUUCCUGGAUGCUACCCAGAGCCCUACACAGCGACCUGAUUUUUGACGUCAUUCUUAAAGGUUUCUCACACUCAGAUACUUAGAGAGGAGAUGGUUUCAACUUGGAACCUUCUGAUUCUUACAGAAAAUUAUCUGGUAUCUGUAAGGUAUCAAAUAUUUAUUCGAGGUAAUUUGAUAACCUAAAAUCAGUUCUCCAUUUUUAUCAUCUGGGGGAUUUGCUUCUAAACUGUGUUUUAAUUGACAUAACUUUUGAUUCAUGCUUCCCACAUAGCUGAAACCUUAUUUAUGAAGGGAUAAACUGGAUUAUUCAUUGACAUACUGAUUUUUUUAAAUGGGGACCCAUUUUUUCCCCAGAAAUAUCACAUAAUCCCCAGCUGCACUAAGACUGCCAACCUUGGUGUGGGCUGGAGGCGGCUUUUGACAGAGCCAGCGAAGCCAAGUGGGCCAUCCUUGCCAAUGUCAGCAUCCUGGGCCCUAGGAGGACCCCCUAGAGGCUCCCAUUCGGUUUGAAAGCAGCACAACAGAUCAUUUUCCUUUGUGUGUUCCUAGCACAGAACUGUUUCUAAAACAACUUGAAGUACAGUUUUGUUACCUAAGCACUUCUUUUUUCGGUUUUAUUUAAGUGUACUAGAAUGUAAAACCUCUAUGGUUCAGAUUUUUAAAGACUGGUGCAGUAUUUUAUUUGCGUCAUCUGAUGCACUGUAUUUCAAUCUGUAAUUAAAAUAAUGUUUGCU